AUGACUGAUAAUAAGCAAGAUGAAUUGGCUAUUCAACGUUUUGUUGAAUAUAUUCAAAUAAAAACAGUACAACCCGAACCAGAUUAUGAUAGUGCUUUAAAAUUUUUAAAAAAUUAUGCACAAGAACUUGGCUUAGAAUAUCGAACAAUAAAACUUGAUCAAGAUCGACAUGCAGCUGUCUUAACUUGGUUAUCACCAUCGUCAACAGAGAAAUCAAUUUUACUCAAUUCGCAUGUAGAUGUUGUACCAGUUUUUGAAGAACAUUGGAUUGUUCCACCAUUUUCAGGUGAAAUUCGGGAUGGAAAAAUUUAUGGACGAGGAACACAAGAUAUGAAAUGUGUUGGAAUUCAAUACUUAGAAGCUAUACGUCGUCUUAAAACAGCAAAAUAUGAACCGAAACGAACAAUACAUUGUUUAUUUGUUCCUGAUGAAGAAAUCGGCGGAGAACGAGGAAUGAAACAAUUAUUAACACUUGAUGAAUUUAAAGAUUUAAACGUUGGCUUUGUUCUUGAUGAAGGUCUAGCAAGUGAAAGCGAUGUCUUUCAAGUUUAUUAUGGUGAUCGUGCUUGUGUUUGGAUAGAAAUAAUAGUUAAAGGUAAUACUGGGCAUGGAUCGCGUCUUAUCGAAAAUACAGCUGCAGAAAAAGCUCAAUUUCUUCUUAAUGAAAUGUUAAAAUAUCGUACUGAUGAAAAGGAACGUUUAAAAAAAGGUCAAACAGCUGAUAAACCACUUCAAUUAGGUGAAAUCACAACAAUCAAUUUAACAAAACUGGAUGGUGGCGUUCAAAUAAAUGUUGUUCCUGAUCAAUAUACACUAGCCUUUGAUUGUCGCAUUAAACCCAAUGGUUACGACGCAUUUAAACAAUUUUUAAAUGAUCUUAUUAAACGAAUACCAAAAAAUAAUGAUGAAGAAGUAACACUUGUCUACAAGCAAGACUCUGGUCCACUUCUACUUACUGACAUAGAAAAUUCAUCUUGGUGGCUUGACAGUUUUAAACGUGGAUGCGAAGAAAUGAAAUGUAAAUUGAAUUGGACUGUGUUUCCAGCUGGUACUGAUAGUAGAUUUUUACGUAACGUUGGUUACCCUGCAAUUGGUUUUUCACCUAUGAUAAAUACUCCUGUUCUUUUACAUGAUCACAAUGAAUAUUUAGCUAAAGAUGUUUUUCUUCAUGGUAUUGACAUCUAUAUUAGAUUAAUUGAAAAUCUUACAAAUGAACCAAAGUUCAAUGUCUGA